GUGUGUGUGUUUGUGUGUGAGAAGCAUCAACCUGCAGCUGAGUGUGUGUGAAGCAGCACUGACAGACACACACACACGAUGCUGCAGAAUGGCGCUCCGAGUCUCCUGCAGUGUUUGUGUGCAGGAUUAGCCGCUACUUAGCUGUGUGUGUGAGAGAGAGAGAGAGUGUGUGUGUGUGCAGACGCAGCGCGCACCGAGUCUCCAGCCGCGUCAGGUGGAUGCAGUGAUCCAGGUCGCCCCUAUGGAUCGCGUCCAUGGAUGUCUUCAAACCCGCUUUGGACACCAGUUUGAGUCCCAGGGUGUGUGUCUCCUCAGCGGAAGAGGAUGUGUUCCGCUGGCCGGAGGAUGGAGGCGGCGCGGUGCCGGACGCGGUGCCGGACGCGGUACCGGACAAGGCACCGGGAUUCUGGAGGGCCGUGUUCGACUAUGAAGCGGCGGCGGAGGACGAGCUCAGCCUGCGGAGGGGCGACCUGGUGGAGGUGCUGUCCAAGGACUCGCUGGUGUCCGGGGAUGAGGGCUGGUGGACCGGCAUGAUCCUGGACCGGGUCGGCAUCUUCCCCUCCAACUAUGUGAGCCACGGAGACAUCCGGGACACCGGGGAGCAGCAGCAGUACCCGGUGCCCCCCCUGCACCUGCUGGAGAUAGAUUUCUCGGAGCUGACCCUGGAGGAGAUCAUCGGGGUGGGGGGCUUUGGGAAGGUGUACCGGGCGGUAUGGCGGGGGUCAGAGGUCGCAGUGAAGGCGGCGCGGCGGGACCCGGACGAGGACCCGGAUCAGACCCUGGAGAGCGUCCGGCAGGAGGCCAAGCUGUUCGCCAUGCUGAACCACCCCAACAUCAUGGGGCUGCUGGGGGUCUGUCUGCUGGAGCCCAACCUGUGUCUGGUGAUGGAGCUCGCCCGGGGGGGGCCCCUCAACCGCGCCUUGGCUGGGAAACGCAUCCCGCCCUGCACCCUGGUGGACUGGGCGGUGCAGAUCGCCCGCGGCAUCCUCUACCUGCACAGCCAGGCCAUCGUGCCCAUCAUCCACCGGGACCUCAAGUCCAGCAACAUCCUGAUCCUGGAGAGGGUGGAGAUGGAGGAUCUGAGCAACAAGACCCUGAAGAUCACGGACUUCGGUUUGGCUCGGGAGUGGCACCGCACCACCAAGAUGAGCGCCGCCGGCACCUACGCCUGGAUGGCCCCCGAGGUCAUCCGCUCCUCCACCUUCUCCAAGGGCAGCGACGUGUGGAGUUACGGCGUGUUGUUGUGGGAGCUGCUGACGGGAGAAGUUCCUUUCCGGGGGAUCGAUGGUCUGGCGGUGGCGUACGGAGUCGCCAUGAACAAGCUGGCUCUGCCCGUUCCCCUGACCUGUCCGGAGCCUUUUGCACGACUGAUGGAGGAGUGCUGGAGUCCGGACCCUCACUGCCGGCCUCACUUCACACUGAUCCUGGACCAGCUGACGGCCAUUGAGGAGUCGGGAUUCUUCGAGAUGCCGGCGGAGUCGUUCCACUCCCUGCAGGACGACUGGAAGCUGGAGAUCCAGGAGAUGUUCGACGAGCUGAGGACCAAGGAGAAGGAGCUGCGGUCGUGGGAGGAGGAGCUGACGCAGGCGGCGCUGCAGCAGAAGAACCAGCAGGAGGAGCUGAGGAGGCGCGAGCAGGAGCUGGCGGAGCGGGAGAUCCACAUCCUGGAGCGGGAGCUGAACAUCAUCAUCCACCAGCUGUACCAGGAGAAACCUCACGUGGAGAGCCGGCAGGGAAAGUUCAGACGCAACCGGCUGAAGCUGAAGGACGGGAACCGCAUCAGCCUGCCCUCAGAUUUCCAGCACAAGAUCACGGUGCAGGCGUCUCCGUCUCAUGACCAACGGAGGAGUUUACUGAGCAGCAGCUCCAGUCCCCCCAGCAGCCCCCCCCUGCUGCCGCGCCUCAGAGCCAUCCAGCUGACUCCUCGGGAGGGGUACUCGGCCUGGGGUCGCAGUGCAGGGGUCCAGCUGGAGGAAGAGGAGGGCGAGAGGAAGGGCUCCAGGAAGAAGGGCCGGUCCCAUAACUGUGGCCCCUACCGGGAGCACAGCGCCGACGCCAGUGUGAAGCCCCCCCAUGAAGGCAGCAGGCAGCGGUCCUGCAGCGCCCCAAACCUGCGACGAUCCCCCCGACACAGCCCCGCCGUGCCCGGGGUCCCCAGCCUGCUGGAGAUGGAAAAUGAAGACAGCUGCUUCUCCACUGAUCCAGCAGCAGCUCCGGGUCAGUCCUACCUCUGCCUCCCCGUCCAGAAGGAGGGCCUCCCUGCUGCCUCUGAGGGGGGGGAGACGGGGGAAGAGUCCUGCCCCAGCGCCCCCCCUCCCGGAGCCUCCCCCUGCAGGAGGAGCCCUGGGGGGGGGCGGCGCUCCGACCUGGUCCUGCUGGGCUGUGGAGCUCUGCUGGCGGCCGUGGGGCUCGGCUGCAACCUGCUCACUUUGUCCCAACCUGAGGAAAACGUAAAGUCCCGCUGGGAGGCAUUUUUCCACCGGGCGGGGGGGCAUCGGAGGAGCACCAGCCCCCAGACUCACAGACUCUUCCGGAAAGAGAGUCCUCUGAAGGCCCCCACGAUCCCCUCUUCUUACACCUUACUGUCGUUAUCCUCGGUGUCGGACUGUAACUCCACGCGUUCGCUGCUGCGCUCCGACAGCGAGGAGAAGCUAGCUUGCCGCCCCCCUGCCUCCCCCCUCAAACAUCCCCCCCAUUAUCGGCAUCAGCCCCACAUCAACCCGCUGGUCAACACACACCUGGAGAGCUUCAAGCGUCACCCCCGCCAGUCGCUGACCCCCACCCACAUCCCGUCAGCCCCCAGUGCCUCCCGCAGUCUGAGGAGGACGCCGUCAGACGGAGCCAUCAAGAAGAGCUGCCCCCCCCACAGCCUGGAGCCCCUGCUGGAGAAGACCGCUUUAGAAAACACAGGAAUCUUCAGAGGUUUUAAAGAAGACUGUCCUGAGGUCCCCCGGCUCCCCGAUCCAAAUCUGGUUUUCCCCCCGACCCCCCGCCGCCGCUGUGCCCCCGAACGGCCCAAAACUCUAGACUUUGUGGCGCGACCCCGCCCCUCCCCGAGGAUCCGCUGCGACGUGUUCUGGGCGGACGGUCGGCCCCGAGGAAACGGACAAAACCUGGGCAACGGAGAGUCCCCCGCGCACACCUCCAGUACAGAAACUCCCCCCACUGUAGAGUUUGGGCGGGACCCCCCCGUGGUGCUGCCCACCCCCCUGGAGGCGCCCCGCAGGAAGGAGAACCUGCUGGACAAGCUGGACGAGGGGCAGUGCCGCGAUGGGACGCUGCCGCUCUGCAGACCCGAGACCGGACGAUCCAAAGACUCUCCGUACCGAUACAGACCCGGGUACUGGUCCUGAACCAGCCCCGGCUUCAGCUGUCGUUUUUACAACCCAGUUUAAAUACAACCACGCCCACUUAUGCAUAACGAAAGCGUCAGAAUCCCUUUAUUUGUCCCGCAACAGACACAUUUGCAUUCUUAACUUACUUAACUUAACUUACAUUUUGAAUAAAAAAGUGGGUCCCAGUUAUUAAUAAUAAAAAACACUAAGUAAAAAACAAUAGCAGAUAAGUACAGCAUGGUAGCUGCGUCAGAGC